UUCAGGUCUACGUCCACUGUAGAGUUUCAGUUUCGAAAUAAGUAUUGGAACCUGCAAACUUCAUAAGCUCAGGCGUACCUGCAUCUUCGCGGUCAUAAGGCCUCGCGACAAACAGACAGAUGUUGCGAGGUUCUCAUGCGAAAAGCCCGAGCUGUCUUGCCUCGCUACCUUCUCCUUCCUCGCCCUGCCAACUCCCAAUAUCCCAAGCUUCAUACUCGAGUAGUGAAGGUGCUUCUCCUCAUAGUUAUCAUCUCCACGUUAAUUCUUCUUCUUGUUCGUUUUCUUCCAGUCUGGAACUUUUGUUGCAACGCUGCAGAACCAUCGUCCAACUGAACCCAGUUCUUUCUCGUAUCAUCAUCGCCGGGCUUCUUCAUCGAAAGCUUUUCGUCUGCAGGAUCGUUAGACACCUUGCCCUUUCACAGUCACAGCACGAGUUCCUAGUUUAUGCCCGUCUGAUCGUAGAGCAUGUCAUCCACGAGCAGCCGAACUCUUUCCUCUUCAACACUGUCAUUCGAGCCUAUUCCCGGAAUCACUCGCCGGAGGAAGCCAUUAGAUUGUACGUACAGAUGCUCCGGAUACCCGUUGCCCCGGACAAUUUCACCUAUCCCUUCGUUAUCGGGGCUGCCAACGUCAGGGCGUUGAUGGCAGAGGGCCUGCAGGUCCAGGGCCACAUCAUUAAGAACGGGUUCGACUCGGAUGUCUUCGUCCUCAAUACGCUCAUCAGCAUGUAUUCUGAUCAUGGGGAGGUGGACUCUGCUCGCCAGUUGUUCGAGCAGAACCGUCAGGUAGUUGAUACUGUCUCUUGGAAUGCUCUGAUCGAUGGCUACGCAAAGUCUGGUUCAGUGGAAGUUGCGCGCCAAUUGUUUGACGAAAUGCCUGAGCGGGACGAUGUUUCCUGGAGCACCAUGAUAUCUGGGUACGCAAGGCAUGGUGAGUUGGCCAUUGCUAAGGCGUUGUUUGAUCGAAUGCCUUAUAGGAACUCUGUCAUUUGGAAUUCCAUGAUAUCUGGAUUCGCGAGGAUAGGGAUCCUGCCUAUUGCGCGUAAAAUGUUUGAUGAGCUGCCAUGUAAGAAUACCAUCACUUGGAAUGCCAUGAUCACGGCUUAUGCCCAAAGUGGAGAUGUUGAUUCUGCACGUGAUUUGUUUGAUAAAAUGCCGGAUAAGGACGUUGUUUCCUGGAGUUCCAUGAUCGCUGGUUACAAGCAAUAUGGCCGGUUCAGAGACGCAGUUUCUCUAUUCAAAUCGAUGCUUCUCGAGAAGGACGUGAAGCCUAAUGAGGUUACUAUGGUGAGUGUGCUAUCUGCUUGUGCUCAUUUGACCGAGAUAGACCUUGGUAAAUGGAUUCAUGCUUACAUUAACCGAUGUAAUGUAAAGCUUGACGACUACUUGGGUGCAGCACUUAUUGAUAUGUACGCAAAAUGUGGAAAUAUCGAGGCUGCAGAACAGGUCUUCUGUAAUUUGAAACGAAGAGAUAUAUCAGCCUGGAAUGCGUUGAUUGUUGGCUUCGCGAUGCAUGGCAAUGCCGACGACUCACUGAAAGCGUUUUCCAGAAUGCAGGAUUCCAACAUAAAUCCCAAUAGUGUCACCUUUUUGGGGGUCUUGACGGCAUGCAGCCAUGCAGGCCUUGUGGAUGAGGGACGCCGAUACUUCAAUAACAUGUUGAAAGAUCACAAUAUAUUGCCUAAUCCUAAGCACUAUGGUUGUAUGGUUGAUAUGCUGGGUCGAGCAGGUCUAUUAGAAGAAGCGGAAGAACUAGUGAAAAUCAUGCCAAUGAAGCCUGAAAUAACGAUAUUGGGUGCACUUCUUGGUGCUUGCAGGAUCCACGGCAACACAGAAGUUGCUGAUAGAAUCAGGGUUGGUCUGCUGGGGUUGGAGACUGGUCAAGCAGGUUGUCAUGUUCUACUCUCUAACGUUUAUGCUGCUGCUGGUAAAUGGAAUGAAGCGUUAGAAAUUAGGAAACUUAUCAAGGAGAAGGGUAUAAGAAAACAACCUGGUUCCAGUCUGGUUGAUCUAAACGUUGGAGAUUCAUGAAGCCUGCAACUCUGAGAAUUUGCCCAUGGUGAGACAAAAGGGUUAGAUUUAUAGGACUUGCCUACGUACAUCAUGAUCGACAUUAUAAUAGGUAGCAGAGUCUUGAUUUUUUCACCAGGGCAAGAAUUUAGUUGUUGCAAUUGCACAUUUGCUCGUGAGUUGGAAUUAUGUCUCAGGAUGGUCAAAGAUCUGUGAACAUGUGGUUACUAGCCUUGAUUUGUGAAGCUUGUCUCUGUCCACUCUGUAAGAAGUGGUAUAAGAAAACAACCUGGUUCCAGUCUGGUUGAGCUAAACGUUUGAGAUUCAUGAAGCCUGCAACUCUGAGAAUUUGUCCAUGGUGAGACAAAAGGGUUAAAUUUGUAGGACUUGCCUACGUAAAUCAUGAUCGACAUUAUAUAGGUAGCAGAGUCUUGAUUUUUUUCACCAGGUCAGGAAUCUGGUUGUUACAAUUGCACGCUCGGUCUUGUGCUGGAAUUAUGCCUCAGGAUGGUCAAUGAUCUGCGGAGAUGUGGUUACUAUCCUUGAUUUGUUAAGCUCGUCUCUGUCGACUCUGUAAGGAAGACACAUGACAGAGAUUGCUUCUUUCCCAGUGUGCCAAAACCGGUGUGCCCUCUUGCCAAGAUUACUGCAAACGAGUUAGCAAGCCUGAAAGGAAGGUUUCUGCUAUAAGUGCCCUAUGGUGUAUCUAAUCUAAGCAUAUGGGAGGACUUAGUUUGCCAAGAGUCACCAAUCCAAAUGCGCAUGCUUACUGUAUUGUCUGCUGUUGAGACCAUGUUUCUCUCAAAACCUUAUUAGUCAGACCACGUGGAGGACAGGCAUGUAUCCGCAUGAUUACGAGCAGGCAGGCGUUCAUGUUCUAUUAUGUCUGGUGGCUAAGAUAUGUGUUUCAGAAGAAAGCUGUAAAGAAUCUCCCUGGAAGAAAAUGCCUUAGGAAACUUCUGAGUUGUAGUUUGCUUUGAAUAGAUGUUGCAUUUUUAGUGGCUACAGGUUCAACUACUUAAACUAGGAAAACUUUUCAACGUCAAUUAUGUGUUCGAGUGGUUCAUAUUUCUGGGGUUCAUGCUAAAUGCCGUUGGUUAUUUGUUUGAUGUUGACAAAGAAGAUUGUGAUAUUUAAAUCUGUCAUCUGCGAACGACAAAAAUCAGUGGCAAUUUGAUUUAGGAAUUGUAAGUCCUAGUUAUUUCCUGUCCAGCGAUUGUUAUGUUCA